AUGAGGGAUAUCUGUCUCUCUUGGCGAAUUCAGCAGAAUCAUAUCCGAGAUCAUGGAACGAUGCGGGUGAUAAGCGACCUCCCCCUCGAGUCUCUUAACCUCGCACACGGCGAUCUUAGGUCUGAGAAUAUUCUGUUUCACCGCAACCACCUUAAGCUUCCAGACUUCGACAGCACCUCGGAAAUCGGAUCGGUAUUCGAGGCACGUAUUGCUCUAUACGGACGGCUACUCGGCUCAUUAUUCUACCUUAUAAAUUAUGGAUUUGAGGUCUAUGUAUAUCCGGAGCUAAUCGUGGAGGCAGCGAUCGAUUCGAUCAUUAUAGAAUGCUGGCAUGGCGAAUACAAGACGGUGGCAGAAUUGACGGCAGAUAUGGAGUGCUUACUUUGCCCCGGGAGUAUCGAUAGGAACGAGAUCGAGGACACCCCCAUCUCUCCAGAGGAUCUCCCGUCGCACAAGGAAGUUUUCGAGGCUUUUGUUGCGUGUGGGCUCCCAAAAACCCUCGACAACUGGGGCAACAAAUAA